UUCAGAGAAUAAAGUUACAUUCUACAGCUUCCAGUGGUUUCUCAUUAAUCGCAGAGCUCCAAUACCAACAUUAAAGCAGAAGCACACAAGUAAUAGAUAAGUAAGUAAGAAAGGACAAGAAAAUGAGUAGUUGGCAGCCAUGUAUGAAAUCUUCGGCAAUAUGUGCGUCAGUCUUCCUCUUCGUGAUCUUCCUUUUAGUUAGUACAUUUGUUCCGAUGCGAUUCUCCAACACCACUGAUCUUCUAAAUGCUAUUGCGUCCCACAAAUACACUCAAAAGAAACCCCAAACACCUCGUCCGAAAAUCGAAAUCCCACUGAACUGCUCUGCUUACGAACCCACAAAAACGUGCCCUUUAAACUACCCCACUACUUACAACCCUGAAGAAGAUUUUGACCGUCCACUGUCUGCAACGUGUCCAGAAUUCUUUCGAUGGAUCCACGAAGACCUGAGGCCCUGGGCCCAGACAGGUAUCUCAAGGGAAAUGGUAGAGAAAGCAAAAAGAAUGGGAUUGGCCAACUUUAGAUUGGUGAUAAUAAAGGGCAAGGCUUACCUAGAGUCCUAUAAAAAAUCGUACCAGACCAGAGAUGUUUUUACAAUAUGGGGAAUCCUACAGUUGUUACGGAAGUACCCAGGUAGAAUCCCUGAUUUGGACCUCAUGUUCAACUGUGGAGACCCACCAGUUGUUAUGUCAAGGGCAUUCACUGGGGAAAAUGCCACGUCAGUCCCUCCAGUUUUUAAUUACUGCAAAGAUAAAAAUGCACUUGAUAUUAUCUUCCCUGAUUGGUCUUUUUGGGGUUGGCCUGAGAUCAACAUAAGGCCCUGGACACCAUUGUUGAAGCAGAUAAAAGAAGGUAACAAUAAAAUGAAAUGGGCGGACAAAGAACCUUAUGCUUAUUGGAAAGGAAAUCCGACUGUUGCUGCCACCAGAAGAGACCUUCUCAAAUGCAAUGUCUCUCCUAAACAAGACUGGAAUGCUCGACUGUAUGUCCAGGAUUGGAGACGAGAAGAAAGACAAGGGUUCAAAACAUCAAAUUUGGCCGACCAAUGCACUCAUAAGUAUAAGAUUUACAUAGAAGGGGGUGCUUGGUCUGUUAGUGAGAAAUACAUUCUUGCAUGUGAUUCUGUUCCAUUAAUAGUGAAGCCACGUUUCUUUGAUUUCUUCACUCGAGGUUUGAUACCACUGCACCAUUACUGGCCUAUAAAAGAUAACGACAAAUGUCGAUCCAUUAAGUUUGCUGUUGAAUGGGCUAACUCUCGCCAGAAAGAGGCACAAGAAAUGGGGAAGAAAACUAGUGGAUUCAUUCAAGAGGAUUUGAAAAUGGACAAUGUGUACAAUUACAUGUUUCAUGCUCUAAAUGAAUAUGCCAAGCUCUUACAAUAUGAGCCAACAAUACCUGAAAAAGCUACUGAAAUAUGUUCUGAGUCUAUGGCAUGCGCAGCAAGAGGACGAAACAAGGAGUUUAUGAUUGAAUCAAUGGUGAAUAGUCCUGCGGACAGUGACCCGUGUGUCAUGCCUCCUUCGUAUGAUCCUUCAUCUCUAUAUUCACUUCUUCGGAAAAAUGCUAAUAUGAUUAAAGAAGUGGACUUAUGGGAGAAGCAAUAUUGGGAGAAUCAAACAAGGAAGCCAUAAAAAGGUUUUCAUAUAUAUGUUUAACUUCACAUAAAAAUACGGAUAAAUUAUUUUGUUCAUGUAUGAGUACAUUUUCUUUUUAGUUUUGUUGAGCUCGUUUAAUUAUUUAAAUUCAGAGACUCUUUUACUGAUUGAUUUAUCUUAAUUUCGUACUCGAUGUUUA